CAACAUGGCGGCCGCGCGCUGCCUGGGCUGGCCGCUGUCACCGCUAUGGAGGCUGUGGCAGGCUCGGGGGUUGCCACAACAUUCGGCCGCGGGCUGGUUCUCGCGAGGGAGGCCUUACUCCCGCACUGCCCUCUACGAGAUGCUGGGUGUCCCCUCCACGGCCACGCAAGCACAGAUCAAAGCGGCGUACUACCGGCAGAGCUUCCUCUACCAUCCUGAUCGCAAUUCCGGGAGCCCCGAGGCCGCCGAACGCUUCACGCGCAUCUCCGAAGCUUAUCGGGUCCUGGGCAGCACCAUCCUCCGUCGCAAGUAUGAUCGAGGUCUGCUCAGCGACCAGGACCUGCGCGGACCCGGUGUCAGGCCCUCUAGGACACCCCCGGACGAUCCCCCUCCUCCUCCCCGCCCUCCUCCCCCUACCCCUCGGGCUCACUAUGGCUCUCGGGCCUUUCCUGGCGACCGUCGCACUAUGUUCGACUUUGACGCCUUCUACCAGGCGCACUAUGGAGAACAGCUAGAAAGAGAGCGGCGUCUGCGCGCCCGGAGGGAGGCCCUUCGCAAAAAGCAGGAGGACCGGGCCAACAAGGAGCUACGCUGGGAUGAUACCCGAGAUGCCACUUUCUUUAUCCUCCUUUUCCUCAUCUUCGUCUUCAUCGGCUUUCGUAUUUAAUCGGAGAAACGGAGGGAAGGGGAAUCAGCCCAAGGACUUGCCUUUCUUGACCUUUGAACUAUUGGUCUUGGAAUGAAUUGACUACCUCUUGUGGCGUUCCCUUAACUCUCCUAUCUGGCUGGUGAUCAACACAGCCUUCUCCUAUGGUCCAGGAAAAAAAAAAAAAAGCUCUUCCGUGGCAAGAAAGAGGCCCCAGGAGAAAGAUAACAGAAAACCAGAAAUGUACGUGCUUUCCAGAGCCCCCCCACUGGGUGCCUGCUUGUUUCUAGAAGUUGCCUUCCAGAUGUCAACUCCCAGAACAAGUGCUCUGGUUUUACCAGAAACCCCAGCAAGCUUUUUCUGGUCCCCUACCUCAUGUUUAUACCAUGGGGCAGCACUUCCUCUGUAACCCUUGAACCGUGCCAAUCUUUUUGUCCUCUGCCAAAAAGAUUAAUUCUUGGGGCUUGCCUGAAACUUGUCUUUCUGUGUUAUCCCAAGCCACAGGUGAGACUUGAUCAACGAUCCCGCUGUGGCUGUAGCUAGCUCAGUGAGAGAAUGCUAGCAUGCAGCAGGCACUGGGUUUGGUCCCCAGCAUUGCUGUUGUCCUGUGUCCCCUUUUGCCUCCAAGAAAAAAGUUAG